AAAAACCAGAAACAUCCCACUGAUCUCUCAUCGAAACAGAAACAUUUCUUCCCUUUUACAGAGUCAAAAUACAAACACACCAGGCACCGUAAGCGACAAAGCAUCCGUGACCUCCUCCUCGAUUCCUUUUAUUGUUUUAUUUUUGUUUCUCGGAAUUGUUAUCCACAUUACCCUCCUUUUUCUCCUUCACGUGAUCAUAUUACAUCUUUUGUUCUGUUUUCUUUUGUGGCAGACAUUGCUUAAAUCUUCAAAACUCCUUUUGCUUUACUACUCUGUAUAAAUAUUCCACUCUCACUACUCUCUUCUUCCAACUAUCUUAGCUGUUAAAUGUGUGUUUGAGUCUUUUCUUUCUCUUCUUGGAAUCUGAAUUUGAGAUUCUUGGUUUUUGAGUUUGGUCUUUCUUUAAGACAAAAGAGAUGAAGCUUGGUCUCAUCAUUACCAAUGCUUUAUUAUUAUUAUACAUAAUCUCUGUUCUUUGUGUAGCAAAAGAGUGCACAAACACUCCUUCACAGCUCUCAUCACACACAUUCCGCAACGCGCUUCUCCAAUCAAAGAACGAGUCUCUAAAGACAGAGAUGUUCUCUCAUUACCAUCUAACACCAACUGAUGACACAGCUUGGUCUAGUUUACUACCAAGAAAGAUGUUGAGAGAAGAGGAAGAUGAAUACGGUUGGACUAUGAUGUACAGAAAAAUCAAGAACUCGGUUAACGCCUCUGGUAACUUCCUCAAGGAAGUUUCAUUGCACGACGUUAGGCUGGACCAAAACACCUUCCACUGGAGAGCUCAGCAGACAAACCUCGAGUAUCUAUUGAUGUUGGAUGUUGAUAGUUUGGCUUGGAGCUUCCGCAAAGCAGCUGGUCUUGAUGCUCCAGGUGAUUACUAUGGAGGAUGGGAGAGACCAGAUAGUGAACUCCGUGGCCAUUUUGUCGGUCACUAUCUGAGUGCAACAGCUUACAUGUGGGCAAGUACUCAUAACAACACUCUCAAGGAGAAAAUGUCAGCUCUUGUCUCAGCUUUAUCUGCUUGCCAACAGAAACUUGGCACUGGAUAUCUCUCUGCUUUCCCUUCCAGCUUUUUCGACCGGUUUGAAGCUAUAACACCUGUCUGGGCUCCUUACUACACCAUUCACAAGAUUUUAGCUGGUUUAGUGGAUCAAUACAAGUUGGCUGGGAACAUUCAAGCUCUGAAAAUGGCAACAUGGAUGGCUGAUUACUUCUAUGGCCGUGUACGUAAUGUGAUAAAGACUUACAGCGUUGAAAGGCAUUGGCAAUCACUAAACGAGGAGACUGGUGGCAUGAAUGAUGUUCUCUAUCAGAUAUACAGCAUCACUGGAGAUUCCAAGUAUCUUCUGCUUGCACAUCUCUUUGACAAGCCUUGCUUUCUUGGAGUGCUUGCAGUUCAGGCUGAUGAUAUAAGUGGAUUCCACUCUAACACACAUAUUCCUAUUGUUGUUGGAUCUCAACUCCGUUAUGAAAUCACUGGUGAUCCACUCCAUAAGGAAAUCUCAAUGUUUUUUAUGGAUAUAGUCAAUGCUUCUCAUAGCUAUGCAACUGGAGGAACAUCAGUCAAUGAGUUCUGGCAAGAUCCAAAGAGAAUGGCUACUACGUUACAAACUGAAAACGAGGAAUCAUGUACUACUUAUAACAUGCUCAAGGUGUCUAGGAAUCUGUUUAGGUGGACAAAAGAAGUUAGUUAUGCAGACUACUACGAGCGAGCUUUGACUAACGGUGUGCUUGGGAUUCAAAGAGGAACCGAGCCUGGACUGAUGAUUUACAUGCUCCCACUGGGUAAAGGUGUUUCUAAGGCCGUGACUUAUCAUGGCUGGGGAACACCUUAUGAUUCUUUCUGGUGUUGCUAUGGCACUGGAAUUGAAUCCUUCUCAAAACUUGGAGACUCUAUAUAUUUUCAAGAAGAUGGAGAGUCUCCAUCUCUUUAUGUCACACAGUAUAUAUCAAGCUCACUUGAUUGGAAAUCAGCUGGUCUUUCUCUAUCUCAGAAAGUUAAACCUGUUGUGUCAUGGGAUCCAUACAUGCAUGUGACAUUUGCUUUCUCUUCUUCCAAAGGGGGAUUGGGGAAGGAGUCCACUUUGAAUCUAAGAGUACCUGUUUGGACUAACUCUGAUAGUGCUGCUAAAGUAUCUUUGAAUGGGCAAUCUCUAAAACUACCAGCUUCAGGUAAAUUUCUAUCAAUCAAACAGAACUGGAAAGCUGGCGAUCAAGUAACCAUUGAGCUACCGUUGAGUAUCCGAACCGAAGCUAUAAAAGAUGAUAGGCCUGAGUACUCAUCACUUCAAGCCAUACUCUAUGGUCCCUACUUGUUAGCUGGACUCACGAGCAGGGACUGGAGCAUCACAACUCAAGCUAAAGAUGGGAAAUGGAUAAGCUCUAUACCUGAAACUCAUAACAGUCACCUCGUCACGCUCUCGCAACAAUCUGGUAACAUAUCUUACGUGUUGUCAAAUAACAACCAAACCAUCACCAUGGAAGUCUCGCCCGAGCCGGGAACACAAGCCGCUGUUGCAGCCACUUUCAGGCUCGUGACCACUGAUUCUAAGGGGAAGAUUUCAGGUCCAGAGGAGCUAACUGGAAGCGUGGUUAUGAUAGAACCGUUUGAUUUCCCUGGAAUGCUUGUGACGCAAGCAACUGGUAGCUUCCUUGCGGCUCAAGAUUCUUCUUCUACUGAUCAAGAAGCCUCGAGCUUUCGGUUAGUAGAUGGAGUUGAUGGGAAGCCAGGGAGUGUUUCUUUAAGGCUAGAGAGCAAGAAGGGUUGUUUUGUGUACAGCGAUGACACCCUAAAUGCGGGAAUGAAACUGAGGCUCGGGUGUGAUUUGGAUGUGACUGAUGACAAGUUUAAACAGGGAGCAAGCUUUAGGUUAAGGAAGGGAAUGAGUCAAUACAAUCCGAUGAGUUUCGUGAUGAGUGGAACACAGAGGAACUUUGUGUUGUCACCAUUGUUCAGCUUAAGAGAUGAAACAUACAAUGUCUACUUCAGUGUACAAACUUGAAGGAAGAAUUACUCAAGAAAAAACUCACAUUGGGAGUCUUAAGAAAUAGCUAUAAGGGUUGUGUUUAGUUGUUUAGCCUGUUAAGUGGUUUGUGUUAUGCAAUUUAUUCUAAAAAAAUGUAUGUUGCAAGUUAUUAAUAAAGAUAGAUAGUUUUUUUUAAUAA